AUGUCAGACAACAUUCCUUUGGAAUUGCAAGUCGAAAUAAUCAAAUGGGUUCCUGUGAAAACAUUGCUUAAAUUCCGGUCAGUUUCGAAAGAAUGGAAGUCAGUCAUCGACAGCCCCGAUUUUGGUGAUGAUUACUGCCUCCGCCAGUCUCAGCCCCGUUUGCUAAUAAGGUACAUUAAUAUUACUUCUAUAAACAGUGGUCCCAGACAAGUUUACUGUUUUUCCAAAUACAAGUAUGUUUCGGUUGCUGAUGACGAUACUUUGCACCAACACCGAUUUCCUAGUGCCGCUCUUCCCUAUUCUGCUUUCAAUCUUUUAGAUUCAAGAAUAGUCGGUUGCUCUCACGGUUUAUUUUGUCUCUAUGCUUAUGAUCUAAGAGAUUCAAGUUAUAUGGCUGUUGUAUGGAAUCCUUGGAUUCGAAAAUGUGUUGAUGUUCCUGUCCCUAAUGUUCUGUUUAAUCCGUACGAAACUAUUUUAGGUUUUGGGGUUAGUCCUCAAACGAAGGACCCCAAGAUUGUUAAGAUUAUUAGUUCCAUUCAUCCUAAAGCUGACAAUUCAGUUCCCAUCCCUUGGCGAGUUGAGGUUUUUACUUUAAGCUUGGGGACUUGGAAAACUCCAUCAUGUGGUGUAAACAAUCUCCCUUGGCGUAAUUCGGUUAGGUUUGAUUGGUCACAGGUUGCUCUUGACGGGGUUAUAUAUUGGCAUGCCUUUGAGAUGUUUAUAGUGGAUGGUAGAUUUCGGCACCACAAUCUGAUUAUGUCAUUUGAUUUGAGUAGUGAAUUCGAAGAAGUAUGCCUUCCAGAUAAUUUAGCACGCCGAAACAGUUAUGAUUUAUCUAUCUCUAAGCGAAUGGAGUCGGUCGUCGUGCUUGAAGAUCAUGUAACUUCUUGUGAUGUAUGGAUGAUGGGGCAAGGUGUUACUAAAUCGUUUACAAAACUGUUCACUGUUAUGACAAGUCGUUCACCUUCAUAUAAAGUACAUGAUUUGUGAAGAAUGGCGAGCCUAUAGUUGACCGUGGAUCUGAUGCACUUUGCAGUUAUGACCCUUGCUCGGAACGGAUCAAGGACCUUGGGAUUGUUGGAAAAAGCUUCAACUUCUUCGUUAAGUCCUACAUGGGAACUCUCCUUUUAAUGAAAUUGUAGUGUUUUUUGGGCAUAAAUUGCAGGCAAUGAUAAUCGGGCAGCCACACUAGGUAAGAUUGGAAGACCCUGUCGAUAUAACUUGAGGGCGAUGAUUAUGAUAGCACUGGAAAGCAUGGAACAAAUCAAAGGACUUGCAUCUUUGGAUGCAGGUAAAUAAGUUAUGUAGAAUGACCUGGAUUUAUUAGUGACAACUAGUUAAAGAUAGUGAAAAUGUUCGCAUAUUUGACUUUCAGCUCAAUGAUAUUGCUGUUCUAAAACUAUCGUUAUUUA